AUGAAGACAGACUUGGUGGUAACCUUUCUGUGCUGCGUCUUGAUUUCAAAGACCACUGCUGCAAGCCUCACGAAGUCAUCACACAUUAUUCCUUCAUAUUCUUUGUCUUCAGCACUUCCUUCAUCCUCUAGUAGUGCUUCAUCGGCCUGUUCUGGCAAUACGGCCACCACCCGCGAUGAAUGGUGUGACUACGAUAUCAACACCGACUACACUACCACGGUCCCUCAAACAAAUGUCACCCGGGAGUACUAUUUCAACCUGGAGUCUGUGACAGUUGCCCCUGAUGGCCGCUCGAGAUCUGCCAUUGCAAUCAACGGAUCCAUCCCUGGUCCCACCAUCGAGGCGAAUUGGGGAGACGAAGUCGUUGUCCACCUCACCAACAGCCUCCCCGCGUCUCUGCAGAAUGGCACAAGUAUUCACUUCCACGGAAUCCGCCAAUUUUGGACCAAUCAGAACGAUGGCGUUGUCUCUAUCACACAGUGCCCUACUGCCCCUAAUAACACCAUCACCUACAAAUGGCGAGCGAUGCAGUACGGAACAACCUGGUACCAUUCCCACAUUGGCUUGCAAGCUUGGGAAGGUCUGUUUGGUGGAAUAAUUAUUCACGGGCCUGCGAGUGCCAACUAUGAUGAGGAUAAAGGCGUGAUUAUCAUGAAUGACUGGGAUCUCAACACCGUGGAUCAGCUGUUCAUGUCAGCACAGAUGGAUGGCCCUCCGACUCUUGACUCUGGUUUGAUUAACGGAACCAAUGUGUUUGGGUACGAUGGCAAUGUUAACCAAACGGGUACUCGGUUCAACACCUCCUUCACGGAAGGAACUUCGUACAGACUUCGUUUGGUGAAUGCUGCCUGCGACACACACUACAAGUUCUCGAUCGACAAUCAUACCAUGACUGUCAUUGCAAAUGACCUUGUGCCUAUUCAACCAUAUCAGACCAAUGUUCUCAACAUUGCUAUGGGGCAACGGUACGACGUCAUCGUCAAAGCAGACCAGGCCUCCGUGGCCAAGAACUUCUGGCUACGAACCAUUCCUCAGAAUGCUUGCUCGGAGAAUGCAAACCCCAAUAACAUCAAAGGAAUUGUCUACUACGGUGGCUCUCCCUCGACUCCUUCCACAACAGGCUACAGCUACACGGACAGCUGCGACGACGAGGCGAUGUCCGAUCUGGUCCCCAUAGUCAGCGAAACUGUCUCAGGCGCAUACUAUAACAAGUCGGAGCCGGUGUCUUUAGGCAAGAACGGAGGCAGCUUGUACCGAUGGAAGCUCAACUCGACUUCGAUGCAUGUCGAUUGGGAAGAUCCAACUCUUCUAGAAGUCUACCGUGGCCACCACACCUGGGCAAAUGUCAGUGGAGUUGUUGAGCUUCCCCACAAAAAUAAAUGGACCUAUAUUGUCAUCGAGACGACGAUGUCUGUGCCGCACCCGAUUCAUCUGCACGGUCAUGACUUCAUCGUAAUUGCUCAGGGGUCGGGGACUUAUUCAGGCGACGGGACCACUUUGGCCAACCCGCCGAAACGUGACACGGCUAUGCUGCCGGAGAACGGACACUUGGUCAUUGCCUUCAAGACGGACAAUCCCGGUGCUUGGUUGAUGCAUUGUCAUAUUGGAUGGCAUACGGAAGAAGGAUUCGCCAUCCAAUUUGUGGAGCGGUAUACGGAAAUCAAGCCAUUGAUUGACUACGACGUUCUCCACAGUAAUUGCAAAACCUGGAGUGCUUUUCAGACCGGGUUGAGUGUGGAGGAGGAUGACUCGGGAAUUUAG